UUUUUGUUAUUUUCUUCUUAAAUCUAUUUACCCGGAACUAGCGGGUAAUAUUUUUUCUCUUUUUUUGGCUUUGUGGGUCUGUGUUAAUUUCAAUGAAAAUCAAAGAAAAGUCUAUGCUAUUUCUUGGGUUUGAGUAAUCUUGAUAAGUUUUAGCUUAAAUUAGUGUUAAUUUUAGCUUGUGGGUUUUGACUGUCAUCAGAAAAUCUUGCAGGAAUCAUCGGUUUCCGGUCACCGGAAUAAUAAAAAUCAAAACUUUAUGCUCUUUUUUUCCAUAUAUAUAUAAUAAAUAAAAUCCCUUUUUUUAUCUCUCCUCUGAUUUCAUAUUUGUUGCUUUUUCCUCUCUUCCCUUCUUUGGAGAGAAAAAGAGAAACAGUUUUUUUUUAAAAUCUAUUUCUCUCCUUUUGUGUUAUAAUUAAUGACAAUGGAAAAGGGUUCAAUGCAAUCAAAUCUUGAUUGUUUCCUUAAUUGCACAGCCCCAUUAGUCCCAUCUCAGUUUCUAGCCAAGAGUGAGAUUAGAAACCUGAAUAGGUUAUGGCAUCCAUGGGAAAGGGAAAAGGUUGAAUAUUUCAAGUUGGCUGAUCUUUGGAAUUGUUUUGAUGAAUGGAGUGCUUAUGGGGCUGGAAUACCUAUUAGAUUGGAUACAGGAGAAACUUUGGUUCAAUAUUAUGUUCCUUAUCUUUCAGCAAUUCAAAUCUUUACCAGCACUUCACCUGCAAACUUUUUAAGGGAGGAGGCUGAAUCUGUUUGCGAGACAAGGGAUUCUUUCAGCGAUUCGUUAAGUGACGAGAGCGAGAGUGAAAAGCUAUUGAGGUGGGAUGGAUGCUCCUCUGAGGAAGGUGUAGCUGAACAAGAUAGCUUAAGCAGAACGAACGACAGAUUGGGCUACCUAUAUUUUCAGUAUAUCGAGAGAUGUACUCCAUAUGGAAGAGUUCCUCUAAUGGAUAAGAUUAAUGGCUUCGCCAAAAGAUACCCUGGACUAAUGUCAUUGAGAAGUGUAGAUCUUUCGCCUGCUAGUUGGAUGGCAGUUGCUUGGUAUCCGAUAUAUCACAUUCCCAUGGGAAGAACCAUUAAGGACUUAUCGACGUGCUUUCUCACUUUCCACACCCUUUCUUCUUCUUUUCAUGAUAUGGACCUUGAAGAUGACAUGGAGAAUGGUAGUAGUAAAAGAAAGGUAGGGGAAAGCAUCUCUCUCCCACCUUUCGGUUUGGCCACUUACAAGAUGCAAGGUGAUGUGUGGAUUUCUGAUAGGAGCGGAAGGGACCAAGAGAGGCUGGUGUCACUUUUUAGUGUGGCUGAUUCUUGGCUAAAACAGUUGGGGGUUCAGCACCAUGACUUCAACUACAUGAGUAUUCGUCGUGGUUGAUGAAAAACUUUAACGAUGAAAUCAUAUUUGCACGCUAACAAUGGAAUUGACUACCGGAAAUUCCUUUUCUACUUUGGCCUCUUUGAGUUCUUGUUUUAUCACUUGAAAGCAUGAUCAGCCUUUGAACUGAAAUCGUCGAUGCAUCUUAUGUAAAGGCAUUUGGCUUUUAUGCAGUCCCCUCCUUUCCCCAAGUCAAGGAUCGCAGUAAUCUUAAGCUUGUGACUUCUGUGACUACUUUUUUGUAUAAGAAAGAGCCUAGCUUUUAAGCGAUAAAACUUGAGAUGAAGCGAGAGACGAGCUGUAGUGUCUCGUUGUAACUGUGUACUAACUGGGCACAUGAUCAUCAGAUGUCAAUGAAGUCCUUUCUUUUGAAUGCA